GGGGCCACAUUUGGUAAGCGAUGUGUGUCUGUGGGCUCCUGCUGCAGCCUGAACCUCACUCUGUGUUCCUGGCACUGAGCUCAGGCAAUGGAAAGUGUUCCAGCACUGCAAAUGCUUUAAAAUUACGUGUGUGUGUAUAUAUAGUGUUAUAACCACCGCUUGCAGGAAGAAUCUUUCGUGCUCACCAAGAGGUGAGCUGGGCAGGGCAGGAGGAUUCCUUUGCUCCAGGAGCUGAGCCAGAUGCAGGGGUACUGUGGAUGCUGGAACCUCAAGGGCAAAGCAAAGGGAGAUGUCUAGCAGAACCUUAAGGAAAGACUCGGAGGUCAGGAGUAAGGUGGGAGGCUGAGGAGAAAGAGCUGCACUUGGCGGUGGCAGGGCCCGGGAACUGGAGGGGAGCCCCAGCCCAUGGUAGGGGCUUGGCUGGCUCCCCUGCUCCUGGUUUGGGGGACUGAGCACCACAAGCAUAACUCUAGCCUGGUCCUUGCCCUGGGGAAGCCCCCUGCACUGCCCAGGGCUGGGCUGGGCAGAGCUGUGCUGUGCUGCAGAUAGAGAGGAGCAGGUGGCUGCACACCAAACUCCCACUCUCCUCGCUGCCUACCACUGCUCCUGAGUAGUGAGAGGGGCCUGGGGAUGGAAGAGUUGCUCUCUUACCUUCCCUUUUCCUCAUUUGUGGAGCCCACAGUGUUUCUGGCACCUUCUGCUGGUGUGAACUGCAGAUGUGACCUGCAGUGGGCUUGUACAGAAAUUGCGAGCAGCCAUGCCUGUGUUUCCAAGAUGUAGGGUUUAUCCCAGAGGAGGCAGCAUUUCUCUCUGUGCUGGCAUGGCACCCUGCUCUAUGUGGGCAUGUCACCCUCACAGGGGAAACAGCUGUCUGGCUCCAGGUGCUUUCCUGAGCCUCUGAUACCAAAUAAAAGCAGCACUUGUCAGCCUUGCUGGUGUUGGUGGGUGUUGGAGAUGAGAUGAUGCCUGUUGGUGGGACAGCUGGCUAGCAGUGGUUGAGGAGGGCACCACCACUGCGGGGAUGUACAGGGACAAGAGACAUCGGCUGCUGGGUCCUUGUCACCUCUCUGUGACAUGUCUUGCUCUCAUGUCUUGCUUAGUGAUGACAAAAUGAGUCUCUGAGCACGUGGUUAUGCCUGAUAGGGGUCAUCAGCUGCUGCCAGGUGGUCGUUUGUUUCCAGACUUCACUGACUCCAAGGUCUGAUCAGCAGGGCAGGUUGCUGUUUCUGAUGUGUUUCUCCCUGUUGGCAGGAUGUCUGUUUUCUGGCAGGCUAAUAGGACGGAGCUGGUACAUGUUCUCUGACCCAGUAUCUGUCCUGAGAGCUAUGUCCUGGAGGCAGUGCCUUGGGGAUGGUGUCCUCAGUAUCAUACCCACUCAGGGCUGGAUGUGGUAUGCAGCAUGCCUGUUCUGCUGUACACCAACCUGCAGGGAUGGAGAGGUCACCAUGCCCUUUGGUGCCUUGGCCAGGCUGUGCUGAGCUCAAUGCAGGGCCUGGAUCAGACUUCCCAGCCCCAGCCUUGUGCUGUGCUGAGUCAGUGGCAAUGUCUUAUGUUUCCUACCCUGCCCCACUCACUGCUAGCCAAGGCCAGGUGCUGGAGGUGCAUGGCCAGGGACACAGACAGGCAUGAACCUGAUUUUCCUGUUACAUCAGUCCUUGUUUUUCCCUCUUGCUGCCUGGCUCCUUGGGAAGGAAGAGAAGCACUUGUGUAGCGGGAUGAUGGCUUUCCAGGAGACAUUAGGCAAGCAAAUAUCUGGUUUUAUAGCUUGGCUUCCCUGCUGAUCAGAAGCAGGACCAAGUCCCAUGCCACAGCUGCUGACCUGCCACAAAAACUAGUGAGUCUGUUCUGCCCAAACAGCAUGUGGAGGCUGAGCAAGCACUGGCAUUUGGAGGAGCCCAGCUUAGUUAUCUGAGCUCUCCCAAAGCUUUGUUUUGGUGUUUUGCUACUCUGGCUUUCCCUUACUGCUCUAACAAGUGAGUUUGCUGUCAGAAUGUUUAAAGGGAAAGACAAAUUUUAUAAAAUUGUGUCUACGAAAAAUAAAUGUUUGAUUUUUAAUUGGAAAUCUGAUUUUCUGGAUUAGUGCCCGCCCAACCAGAGAGGAGAAGCAGAUGCUGGUGUAUAAACAAAGCAAUCAGGGCACUGAUUAUUUAAGGCAAACCUCACAUGCUGCAAAUGGUUCAUAGGAAUCAUCCAACAAAUAAUUUCGAACAGUCAGUCUGAUAAAUGCACUGCCUGUUAACAGCCAUUGCAAGAGGAGAAGCAAGUGCUUUUCUGUCACCCUGCACCUUUCCUAACCCUGUAUUAGCAUAUCUCUUGUAAGACCUUAAUGGGCACGUAUUGUGAUUCCUGCCUGUCUGUUACUGCUUCAUUUUCCCAGCUGCAGCCCUGCCUGUUCUGCAUUUCCUCACGUGGCUGCCACUGUCACUGCUAGGGACAGUGCCUGCCCAGAGGGAUGCCUGGCUGUGACUGACACUGGCCAUACACGCUAACAGGGAGCUCUUACGGCACCCCUGGAUGUGAAUUCACCCACCUGGCUUUGUUAUUUACAACAUCAUUUCCUCUGCUGCCCCAUAAAGGUCAGGAAAAGCGCAAUGGCAGGAAGCUUCCCUGCAGCAGCGUGGCAGCAAACAGGAAUUGCUGUGCUGAUUAUGUGCACUUGGUUGGACUUCUCUGUGCUGUUAACGGAGUAUUGCGAAGUACUGCAUUAUCUCAUAAACUGAUGUGAAAAUGUGGCUUAGGUCUUUUGGCAGCAGCUCUCUAUCUGACUUACAGUACCCAUCCAACCUCUCGCUAUGGGGAUCUCUGCUCUGGAGGGAGGUUGCCCAUGUCCUACAGGUCUGGGCUCAGGCUGUGCACAGGAGCAGAAAUCUUCUCUUGCCAUUUCUGUGCAUGUGCUGUUCCUAUGCGAGUUACCUAUCUGGUUGUUUCCAGCAGUUUCUGGUAGUGCUGCUGCUAUGAGAUUUGCAGAAGUUCUCCUAAGAGAACCAUAAGAGUUGGGAUCAGAUGGAAAAAAUGGGCCAAAAUGGCACUGGUUUGGGAAUCUGAAGGAACUGGUGAAAAGGCAGGAAAGUGAGCUUGAGAUCAUCUUCAGAGGAGUUGUGAUGUGCUACAAGCACUAUGUUACAGGACUGAGCAUGAUGGGAUGGCUUCUUUGGAGCAGGAGGUGCUCAAGAGAGGGGGGACAGAUCUGGUGGUUUUAGGCCUCUCUUGCUCCUUAAUUGUCUCUGUGCAGGAAGGCUGACAUUGAUGAAGUACUGCUGGGUGGAGAAACAGGGACUGGCAGCACUGGGUAGGUGAAGGCUUGCAUUUGGGAAGCCUGCAGGCAGGAAGGAUUGGAGUGACAGCAAAUACAGCCCGCUAUUAGUGAAAGAUGGUAGCAAGAAUGGCUUGAUAGGAGAAGCCAACUCACACCAAUCCUCUCACCAGUCCUCUCACCCUGUCAUCUUGCAGCAGUGUGUUCCCCCUAUGGACAUGAGCACAGAGCCUAGAAACAAACUGCAGGAUCCUACUGCUGGCUGCUGGAUUGCUGGUGGCAGAAGCGACUCAGAGGUUGCUAAGUCUCCUUGAUUAUUUACUGAAGGUCCAACAGCUCCCUCGGCCAGAGACACUCUCUCUGUGUUAACAAAAAGGCAAUGAAUUAUUUAGCAGCUGGAAAUGCCAGAUGGUGAUGGCUCUGCUGUUUACAUGGGGAGGGGAGGGAGGAAGACGUGCACAUGGAAAGAACAGAUUGAGAACAUCUCUGUAGGAAAGUGCUGACCCUGGCCACGGGCCCUGAUGGCCUCACAGUGGGCAAGAGGCAGCCUGGCUGGAACAAAUGGCUGCUGCUUGCUUGUCCCCUCACACACCCAGCUGAGGCUGGGUUGUCUCCAGAUGCCAUGAACUGGCCAUGUCAGUGCAUAUAUGGCUGCAUACCUUCAAGAAGAACUUAAGCUGAGUGAUCUAAGAGGAAGAAACUGAGGCUACAGCAGUGCACAUAGAUGUGCAUGCUGCUGUAGUCUCUCAUCUGUCACACUGACACAUCUGCAGUAAAUGUUUCUCAGCAAAAGCAAAUCCUUGUAGAGCUCAGGAAGAUCCCCUUUCUAAGCUGAGGUAUUUUGUGUAUGCUCUCCCUGUGAUCCCCAAGGACCUCUCAAUCAGAUUUCCUUUGGUGUUGAAGCAGACUUUGUCCUGUUUGGUUUUGAUAGGAAAAAAUGCCAUAAACACUUUAUAUACCCAGGUCUCUUGAGGUGCUGGCUGCCUUUGUUUGCAUCCUCUGUCACUGCUUAAUCAGUUUGUGGCUCCUGCUUUUCUUCAUCUGUCCUGUCCAUGUGGUUGAGGAGCAUCCUGCAUCAGUGAUGAGCUGGGGCUGAGUGGCUGCAGGGGCUGCAAAAAGUCUCUGUCUGCAAUUUAGGCAAAAAUACAAAGCUCGCAGAGUCCGUGUGAGUGGGUGCAGUGAGGUUUCACAUAGCCUCACAGGUUGUGGUCGUAGUAUCUCUGCUCAGUGGGUCUGCAAGACAAGGAACUCAUUUAACUCCAUAGAAAUUCCAGGCAGGCUGGAAGGUCACCUUGUCAGGAGCACAAGUGCCCAAGAGUAGAGAUGCAAAAUAGCCAAGGUUGGAAGGGACCGCUUGGACAUCAUCUGACAAAAGCCCCUGCUCAGGGUAUGAUCAACUUCAAAAUUACUUUUGGUUGCUCAAGGCCUCCAAAUACAGUGUUUUGUCUGGCUGUUCCCCCUCAUGUCGGUAACCUGUCUGUCCCUAAACAGAGAGGUUUUUGAUCCUCUCCUCCUGUGCUUCAGCAGCCAUUUGGCACCAUCCUGGCACACAAGUCUGCAGUAUCCCUGUUAAUAAUGAUCAUGCUAUUUUACACUGGCUUCUGUAGGAUGUUUGUUCACAGGGUUCCCAAACACUGCGGGUUUAGAGAGGAUCCUCUCCUCCAAAGCACAGUAGUAGAAAAGGUUUGGAAGUAAGAGACAACCUUGACUGUUAAUGGCCUUUAAGCAUUUCCUACUGGCAGUGACUGUAGCCUGCACCAUCAGCUCCCAGACAAAGUGGAGGAAGUCUUGGAAGGAGUGAUCCUGGUCUGGUGGGAAAAUGGAAGGGUAGUCCCAUGACACUCAAAUCACGCACACCAUGAUGGAGAAGGGAGGCCUGGACUGCAUCCCACAGCAGCUUUGGCUGUCAGGAAUUAAUGAAGGGAAGCCCUAGCAGCCCCCUUGCCAACAUCAUCAUUUCUUUUUCUCAGAAACUCGAGCAAAUGCUUUGAGUCCUCGUUCUUACCUGCUGACUGCAACAGGGUGGCCAUGGCUGAACUCAGCUUCCGAGACUGAGUGAAGAGGUGGUGAGAGACCUGUCUCAGGUAUGAUAGAGACAACCAAAUAGCAUGGGCUUUAAUGCAGGGUGAGGCCCUGUGACAGCACCAAUGGAGAACGUGUACUCGGUGGAACCAGCGCUGGAUGGAGCUGGCCCCACCUCACUGGACAUACUCAGCUUCCUGGACACCCUGGUGAACAGCACUGAGGAGCAAUGCUUCAGUGCCCGCUCACGCAGCACCGUCCUGCAAGGGCUGCCGUUUGGUGGCGUGCCCACUGUGCUCGCCAUCAACUUCAUCCUCUGGCUGCUCCUUCUCCUGAUCUUCUCCUGCCUUCGGAAAGCAGCUUGGGACUAUGGGCGCCUGGCACUGCUGAUGGACAAUGAUAGUUUGACAUCACUUUUCUACGGGGAGCAGAGUGAGAAGGAGAAGUCCCCAUCAGAGAGCAGCCCCCUAGAUGUCGACAAUAAGGACAUGGGAUUCUGCUCCUGGCUCCUUUCUAUCUACCAGAUGAAGGAUGAGGAAAUUCAGAGCAAGUGUGGGAUCGACGCCACCACCUACCUCUCCUUCCAGCGGCACCUCCUGGUCCUGCUGAUGCUGGUUUGUGUGCUCUCCGUGGCUGUCAUCCUGCCUGUCAACUUCUCGGGGGACCUCCUAGGACACAACCCCACUCACUUUGGCCGGACCACCAUCGCCAACAUCCCAACACAAGAUCGUCUCCUGUGGCUGCACAGCAUCUUUGCCCUCAUCUAUUUCAUCCUCACCAUCCUCUGCAUGGCUCACCACUCCAUCCACCUGGAAUACAGAGAGAAUGAGAAGGUCGCCCGGACAUUGAUGGUUACUCACAUUCCCAUGGAAAUCACAGACCCUUCACUUAUCAUUAAGCACUUCCAUGAGGCCUAUCCCAGCUGCACUGUCACCAACGUACAGUUCUGCUUUGAUGUGCGCAAGCUGAUGAAGCUGGAUGCAGAGAGGCGUAAGGCAAUGAAGGGCCGGCUUUACUUCACCACCAAGGCACAAAAAGAGGGAAAGAUCAUGAUCAAAACCCACCCUUGUGCCCGGAUCUUCUGCUGUCGCUUCUGUGGCUUUGAGCAGGUGGAUGCUGAGCAGUACUAUGGGGAACUGGAGGAGAAGCUCACAGAUGAGUUCAAUGCUGAACGCAACCGCAUCACACUGAAGCGGCUUGACAUGGCCUUUGUCACCUUCCAGGAUGAGCGUAUGACAGCUGUGAUUUUGAAAGAUUACAGCCACAUCCAUUGCCGGAAGCAUCCCCAGCAGUCUUCUGUGACCACCGUGGUCAAGUCACACCAGUGGGGUGUGCGCUACGCUCCAGCACCCAGUGAUAUCAUCUGGGAGAACUUGUCAGUCCGUGGCACAUCCUGGUGGGUGCGAUUCAUUCUCCUUAAUAUCUGCCUCUUCAUCCUCCUCUUCUUCCUCACCACACCGGCCAUCAUCGUCAACACCAUGGACAUGUUCAAUGUCACACGACCUGUGGAAAGCCUCAAGAACCCAAUUGUUACCCAGUUCUUCCCCACGCUGCUACUCUGGGCCUUCUCCGUCUUCCUGCCAUUCCUCGUCUACUACUCAGCCUUCUUUGAGUCACAUUGGACAAGGUCAAGUGAGAACCAGCUUACCAUGCACAAGUGUUUCUUCUUCCUGGUGUUCAUGGUCAUCAUCUUGCCCUCACUGGGACUGACCAGCUUGGAUCUCUUCUUCCGUUGGCUCUUUGACACCCACUUUCUGGACCAGGCUGACAUCAAGUUCCAGUGUGUUUUCCUCCCAGACAAUGGCGCUUUCUUCGUCAACUACGUUGUCACCUCCAGCCUGAUUGGGACAGCCAUGGAGCUGCUGCGCAUCCCUGGCCUCUUUGUCUAUACCACCCGGCUCUGCCUCGCCAAGUCAGAGCCUGAGCGGCUCCACAUCAAGCGGAGCCAAGCUUACCAGUUCCAAUUUGGGUUGGAGUACGCGUGGACCUGCUGCAUCUUCUCUGUUGUCAUGACCUACAGCAUCACCUGCCCCAUCAUUGUCCCCUUUGGUUUGCUCUACAUGCUGCUCAAGCACAUGGUGGACCGAUACAACAUCUACUAUGUGUAUAUCCCCACCAAGCUGAACCAGCGGCUCCAUGUGGCCGCCAUCAGCCAAGUUGUGGUGGCCCCCAUUCUCUGCAUGUUCUGGCUGCUCUUCUUCUCCGUCCUGCGCCUUGGUCCCACCCGCCCUGUCACCCUCUUUACCUUUGUGGUCCUCCUCUCCUGCAUUGUCUUCUCCUUCUUUGGCCUCUGCUUGAAGAAGCUACAGCCACGGAAACCAUCCAGCUACCAGAUGUCUGAUCAGUCCGAGGGUACCUUCACUGAUGCCGAGCGGAGCAGCGUCUCCUCCACUCCCAACUCCAAUCUCUUUGUGGCCACAGUACUGCAGGAGCCUGAGCUGAGCCUGACACCGGCAGCUUCCCCAGCACACCAGUCUUAUGGCACCAUGGGCAACCACCUGGAGCUGGUAGAGGAUGGGGAGGACUGUGGUCUGCAAAACUUUGAGACAGAGCUGGAGACGGUGGAAGGCGAGUACAGGACCGGCCCCGUGAUGGAGAGCCAGCCCCGCUACCAGUGAGCAUCUUGCUCC